AUCAGCUGUGUCCAAUCACAGCUGAUCGCAUGGGGCAUCUACACUGAUCAUCAGGGCCCUGAUGAUCAGUGUAGCCCCAUCAGUGCCACCUGUCAAUGUCCAUCAAUGCCAGCUGUUAGUGCUCAUCAAUGCCACCUACCAGUGGCCAUCAGUGCCUCAACAAUUCCACAUAUCAGUGCCUACCAGUGCACAUCAAUGCCACAUAUCAGUGCCCAUCUGAGCUGCCUUUCAGUGCCACCUAUCAAUGCCACUCAGUGCCACCUAUCAGUGCCAGUCAGUGCCGCCUAUUAG